AUGUCCUGGCAAUCCAAAAUCCUCAGAACGGCCAACGCGCCCAGAACCCCUCCUACCGACAUUGAGCAGCAGAUCGCUCAAGCUCUGCUCGACCUCGAGCAAAAUGUUCCCGACUUGAAGACGGAGUUGCGUCAAUUGCAGAUCAGCGCUGCUAAGGAGGUCGAUGUCAAGGGUGGAAAGAAGGCUGUUGUUGUGUUUGUCCCUGUGCCUAUGGUCAAGGCCUUCCACAAGGUCCAGCAGAGACUCACACGAGAGCUCGAGAAGAAGCUGUCCGACAAAUACAUCGUCUUUGUUUCUCAGCGCCGAGUCCUCCCUAAACCAAAACGAAACUCCUCCACCGCCCACAAGCAGAAGCGACCCAGAUCCCGUACCCUCACCGCCGUUCACGAGACUAUCCUCGACGACUUGGUCUGGCCCAGCGAGAUCACUGGAAAGAGGACCAGGGUGGCUGCUGACGGAUCAAAGUUGACAAAAGUCUUCCUUGACGCCAAGGAGCAAAACUUGCUAGAGUACAAGCUUGACACUUUCUCCUCCGUCUACCGGGCUCUUGCCGGAAAAGACGUCCACUUCGAGUUCCCAGUCAACGCCUCAGAAUAG